AUGUCUGCUCCAAGCAACCCUUUUGAUCUAUUAGGUAACGACGUGGAGGACGCUGACGUGGUCGUGUCUCCACCAAAGGAAAUCGUUAAGAAGAACACUUCUUCCAAGAAAGCUGAUGUUCCUCCACCAUCUGCUGACCCAGCAAGAGCUAACAAGAACAGACCAAGGGCCACUGGUAACGAAGCUGCUUUGAAAGACAAGUCUGCUGGUAGACAAAACAACAGGGGUAAGGAAGCUCCAGAAUCCUCUAGAACCAAGAAGACUAACCAACGUAGAGCUACUGAUCGUCAAUCUAGAAGUGGUAAAGUUGACACCCAAAAGAAGGUUAACCAAGGUUGGGGUAGUGAAAAGAGUGAACUUGCAGCUGAAGCUGAAGGUGAAUUGGAUGCUCAAGCUGAAGCUGCUGCUGACAACGAGGUCGAGGCUGCCACUGGUGUUGCCCAGAUGUCUUUGCAAGACUACUUGCAAGAAAAAUCUGCUGGUAGCUUGAACAGAGUCCCAGAAGCCAAGAAGGUUGAAGCUUUGAACAACGCUGAAUUGUACGUUAAGGAAACUGAAGUUUUGACUGAAGCCACUAGAGUUAAGAACGUCAAGUCUAAGCAACAAAAGGCUAAGGAAUACUUGAACUUCGAUGCCGUUUACGUUGACUCCAACCCAAGAAGAGACUUCGACAAGAACAACCGUCGUGGUGGUAGAGGCGGUAAGUCCACCAGAGGUGGCAGAAAGAACGUCAAGACUGAAUCUAACCCAGUUCACACUAACCGUGCCAUCGACACUAAGAACUUGCCAACUUUGUCCUAG